CUCCCUUCUCUCCUCCGUGAUGCCGCGGCCUGACCAGUGACCCCUAGCCGUUUCGCGUGGAAACCCCAAAAUCGCCGCCCAAAUGCCGCCGCCGGCGCAGCACGAGGAGUUCGACGCCGCCGACGGCGAGGCAUCCAAGUACGCAGAGCACGCGCCCAAGCUCGCGGAGUUCCUCUGCAGUUUCCACUCCGACGACCUCCGCCACAUCCUCCUCCACCCCGAGUCCACGCUCCACUUCCCCCUCGUCAUCGACUUCGCGGAGCUCCUGGACUUCGACCCCGGCUUGGCCAAAAUACUCUACAACGACCCCAAGGGCUUCCUCCCCUACUUCGACAGCGCCGCCCAGCGCGCCCAGAGUGAGGUGUUGUGCAUCCUCAAAAAGUGCGAGGCGCUGGGUAAUCCGGACGAGCCGAGGCCGUCUGCCGUGCAGAAGGGGUUCGUGCACGUGCGCGUCAACGUCUGCGGGUCGCCACUGGAAUUCCCUGAGUCGUCGCCGAGCAUUGGGAAGGUGAGGGUGAAGCAUAGGGGGAUUCUGCUGACCUUGAAGGGGACUGUGAUCAGGUCAGGAGGUGUGAAGAUGAUCGAGGGCAAGCGGUGGUACCAAUGCAGGAAAUGCAACUGCAGGUUCCGCUGCUAUCCUGAGCUAGAGGCUGGGAAUCGUAUAACUCUACCCGCAUCUUGCCCAUCCAUGAGUUCAAAAGGUUGUCAAAGUGCUUCUUUCCAAUUGAUAGGAGAUAGCAUAACCUGUCAUGAUUAUCAAGAAAUAAAAAUCCAAGAAAGCGUGCAACUUCUGGAUGUUGGGUCUAUACCCCGUUCCAUGCCUGUGAUUUUGAUGGAUGACCUUGUUGAUCUUGUUAAAGCUGGAGAUGAUGUCAUUGUUACGGGUAUAUUAUCUGCAAAGUGGUCUUCUGAUGUUAAGGAUGUGCGUUGCAACCUUGAUCCUAUGUUUAUUGCCAAUUAUGUGAGGAGAACUAAUGAGCUGAAGUCUGGUAUAGACAUCCCUGAGGAAAUUAUCAAGGAUUUCGAGCUUUUCUGGGCAGAAAACAGAGCUACUCCACUAGAAGGAAGAAAUAAAAUCUUGAAAGGCAUUUGUCCUCAGAUUUUUGGGUUAUUCACGGUAAAGCUUGCAGUUGCUCUUACGUUGAUUGGUGGAGUGCAGCAUGUUGAUGCUUCUGGAACAAAGGUUCGUGGCGAACCACAUAUGCUUCUUGUUGGUGAUCCAGGUACUGGUAAAUCCCAGUUUUUGAAGUUUGCUGCUAAAUUGAGCAACCGUUCUGUGAUUACAACUGGUCUUGGAAGUACCAGUGCUGGUUUGACUGUGACUGCUGUCAAGGAUGGAGGUGAGUGGAUGCUUGAGGCUGGUGCCCUUGUUCUGGCUGAUGGUGGUUUGUGCUGCAUAGAUGAAUUUGAUAGUAUGCGAGAGCAUGACAGGACAACAAUACAUGAAGCCAUGGAACAACAAACAAUAAGCGUUGCAAAGGCUGGACUGGUGACAACACUCAGUACAAGGACUACUGUCUUUGGUGCCACUAAUCCAAAAGGACAAUAUGAUUCAAAUGAAUCCUUGUCCGUGAAUACAACACUUUCAGGACCAUUGCUGAGUAGAUUUGAUAUAGUUCUUGUUCUCUUGGAUAAAAAGAACCCUAAGUUGGAUGGUAUAAUUUCAUCUCAUAUAUUAGCUCAGAGCACCAAAGCAGAAGAAAACAAGGCCAGUGACCCUGCCGUAAAAAGCACCCAACCUUUGGGUAUAAAAGAGUGGACACUCCCCUGUUUGAGAAGGUAUAUCCACUAUGUAAAACAGCGGUUCAAACCGGUGCUGACAAAGGAAGCAGAAAGUGUUAUCUCAGGCUAUUAUCAGCUUCAGCGGAGAGAUGGAACACAUAAUGCAGCGAGGACAACUGUGCGUAUGCUUGAGAGUUUGAUAAGGCUGGCACAAGCACACGCAAGAUUAAUGUUCAGAAAUGAGGUUACACGGCUUGAUGCUAUUGCUGCCAUAUUAUGCAUUGAGUCCUCCAUGACAAUAUCUGCAAUCAUAGACGGUGAUGGAAACGCUCUGAACUCCAAUUUCCAAGAGAACCCUGAUCAGGAAUAUAUCAAAGAGGAGCAGAAAAUUCGUGACAAGCUUGGGGAUUACCUAUACUAAUAUCUGAUGCAUCAAUACGGAGACCAAUGAGCGUACACGCAUAUCAUCUGCAGUUCUGCAUAGCAAUAUGAUUAGAGGGAGUACCAGCAUGUCCUGCAUACUGGCACAAGGCGUUAACGCCAAAUCUGUCAGUGAGUGGUUGAGUUUUUUUUUUAGCUUGUACCACGGCAAGCUAAAAGAACAAAGUAAGAAUAGCUGCUUCUUGAGGAACAUGAUACGUAAGCUAAAGCAGUUGAUGUGUAGCUUUUCCCUUGAUAAGUGAGAUUCAACGAACUGCUACUAUUUUGUUUUUGUUUUGGUAUGGCACCUGUUUUAAUCACCCUUUUGCAGUUUUGUCAGAUAUGCCAAAAAUACAUGUAAUGAUGGUUGCUUACCACUCUGAUGAGGAUUACACAUUAUGAAUCUUCUCACUCAAAUUGCAGCAAACUGGCUCGUUGAAAUCAGGCUAUUUCUUUGAAUCAAUGUCAAUCUCGUUUGUUUGUUCUUACAUAAAUGGAGUGCUAAAGUUUGAAGAUGUAUACUUCAUAUGGUUUUACCCGUUGUCUUGUAAAUCUCUAACAAUUUGGUAGCGCUGACUCUUGUAAUUAUGCAACAAGCAAACCAUAUAUAAUAUAUCAUUAGUGUUAGAAUCCA